UGUUUUGACAACUGUUUAUUAUGAUUUUGUAAUGGUUUGAUAAAUAAUGUUUUUAUGGGAGAUAAAUGCAGUGGGCAGGUUUUUCACUAUGUUUUUGAAAUACGAAUUAUAAUUAUCUGAAAUCCGCAUCUGAUCUUGAAUUCAUCACGAAUUCGAAUGUUCAAUUGAAAUGGCUUUAUACGACAAUAAAUAUUGGCUUCUUACACACAUCAGACAUUCUUUCAUAUCUUCAGAUGAUACAGGGAUGUGUGAAAUUGUAAUGUCAGGUGAGGAUAUUAACCACCUGAAAAACCAGUUGGAAAAGUUUCCUGACCUAGAAUUAAGUGAUGAUAGUGAUGGUUUGUCUAUUGAAUCUGGUGAUUUGAGUUUUGGAAUGGAUUUCGGAAUGAGAGCUAGAACUAAUACAGCAGCAAGAAUUGAAAAAAUUGAACAAGCAAAAAAGAAAGCUGCUAAAAUGAAAAUCAUUAAAUGGGAUCUGAAAAAAUCAAAUACCAAUGAUAAAACUAAUAUAGAUAAUAUGUUUGAGAAAGUUGAUCCAGAAAAGAAUGUGCAAAUCAUGAAAAAAUCCCUACUCUCUCAAAAACUACAAGAAUGCACUAACUUGCCAAAAAACCCUUUCCUGACAUAUGCUAAGUUUGAUGGUAAUGGACACAUUAAUAUCCCCACUAGAAAAUACAAAAUUUUCCUAACAAUGUUGGAGAAUGAAAAUAAAAAUGUUCCUCUUGAUAUAUCUUGUGUUGCAACAGCUAAGGUUAUAGAAUUAAUUGGAUUGAUCUUAUUUAAUAUAAGUAAUAGGAAUGUUACAUUAACUUUACAUCCUCCAACUCAUUACGGCUUGUAUAUUACCGAAGAAGAUGGAGAAGUAUAUAGAGAUUUACCCCCAUUAGAAGCCAAAGAAUGUGUUGCUAAGUUUGGGUUCAAUUGCUUAGGUUUAGUAGAGCACAAGGAUGUAAUUGUUAGUUUUGAUGAUAGUACGAUUCAAAAUCAAGAUAAUGAAAAUGCAGGCAAAAAAAAAGCGGAUAGAGAACCUGAUGAAAUGAAACAAAUAACCAGUGAUCUAGAAGUGAUGGCUAAACACAAGAAAGCAACAGAAGCUCCUCUAUAUCAGUCGUAUCAAGUUAAUAUAAUCACCAAGUUGAGACCAAGAGUAGAAAUUCAUUUGGGUGUCAGCGGCGAUAAAAUUGAAAUUGAUCCUAUACAACCCCAAAAUUCCAAAUUUUCGCUCACCAAACUGAAACCUGUUAGCUGUCACAUUGACUCUAUUGCAUGGUGUGAAAUUACAGAGACUAGAAGUUCUAGAACACAGUUUAGACUCUUCUACAGUAACAAUUAUGGUACUGGAAAAAAAACAAGUGAAAAGCCUGCUUCUAAUUUUUUACCACUUCAAACAUCUGCAAGUUUCAAGCAUUUUGACUUUGAAGCUGAUCACAAUACUGCUGAAGAAAUAGUGGAAAAAAUCAAUUUGAUUUUGGAUUUGAGAUCAAGUCAAAGUCGUAAUGAGUAUAUUGCUGCACGAGAGAGAAAACAGUUUAAACGUAAAGGCUUUAAUAUUAAUAAGUGAUAUUUAUAUUUUUUGAACAAACUAUAUUUCUAUUUAAUAUAUAUUUAUAAAAUUAAUAAUCAUUGUUCAUAGUUCUUGAAUGUUAUUUAUGAUUACUAUUACAUAUGUUUGGGUUAUCUAUAAAGUGAAUGAAUUGUAAAUUAAUAUUAUAAGUUGAAUGAAAAUUUGUAUGAAGAAUUUUGAAAUAUAAAAUAUUUCCAUUGAGCA